UGUGAAAGAAAGAGCAAAACAGACCGAAAGAGUCAGUCUCCAGAGGCUCAGAGACAGAGAGAGUGCCAAUAGCUCCUUCUGGUUCUGAACCAGAUUCCAAUUGCAAGAGAGGAAUCUGUUUUUCACCACCAGUUGCUGUGUAACUGAGUAUUUCUGUGAACAUGAAGGCACUUGAGAUCUUUAUUCUCUUGCAAACAUUGGGCAACUUCCCUGUUUUUUCAAGGCCUCAUUCUUCAGUUAACUGCAGAUGGAAUUCAUUUGGUCCUUGGUCUGAGUGUGAUGGCUGUACUAAAACUCAGAUUCGUAGACGAACCAUAGCAGUUUAUGGACAAUAUGGAGGACAUCCAUGUUCAGGUAGUUCAUUUGAAACUCGCCCAUGUGUUCCUACAAGAGGAUGCCCAUCAGAAGAAGGGUGUGGUGAUCGUUUUAGGUGUUCCUCAGGACAGUGCAUUAGCAGAUCAUUAGUCUGCAAUGGAGAUCAUGACUGUGAAGAAGAUGGUGCUGAUGAGGACCGAUGUGAUGAAGUCAAGACUAUCUGUGAAACUAUGAGACCUUCACUUAUGCCCCCUCCUAAUGUUGAGUUUACAGGAAGAGGGUAUGAUGUCCUUAAUGAUGAAUUAAAAGCUAUGGUCAUUUACACUAAGAGUUUCGGUGGUCAGUGCAGAAAGGUGUUCAGUGGUGAUCAGAGAAAUUUCUAUCGGCUGAGUGAUAAUAUCCUUGCUUACACAUUCCAGGUUAAAAUUGAAAAUGACUUCAACACUGAGUUUUAUAAUAGUAGUUGGUCUUAUAUGAAAACUACAGAGACACGGAUAAAUGAAAAUGGGAACCACGAUUACAGAAGAAAUGAUUUUCAAGAAGACAGUUCAAAGAGUAACUUCCUGAUGGUUAUUGAAAACAGCGUGGAAGUUGCUCAGUUCAUCAACAAUCAGCCAGAAUUUCUCAACCUUGCUGCACCUUUCCGGGAAAGACUUGCUAAACUUCCUUCCUUUUAUGAAUACAAUGCAUACCGAAAAUUAAUUGAAGAUUAUGGAACGCAUUUCCUGAAGUCUGGAUCUUUGGGAGGAUAUUACAAAGUGAUAUUUCAUAUGGCAACAGAUAGUGUCAAAGAAAAAAAUUUGUCCACAAGAGACAUGUACAAGUGUACUUCUUCAGGGGUUAACCUUAUAUUUGUAAAGAAGACAAAAACAGAAUGUGAAAAACUAGAUGAACUGUUGCGUCAAUCUUCAGGUAGUUCCUCUGGUCGGAUAAAAGCAAUCCCAUUUGUACAGGGUGGGAGCCCUGGAGAUGUUGCUGGCCUUAGCUACUUGGAUUUACAGAAUCCUGCUGGAAAUACUGAAAGAUAUUCCCGCUGGGCUAGAUCAGUGUCUAAUUCUCCUACUGUAAUUAAGCAGAAGAUCAUACCACUGUAUGAGUUGGUGAAGGACAUACCUUGUGCCUCCGUCAAAAGGAUUUACCUCAAACAAGCAAUUGAAGAGUAUCUGAGUGAAAAUGAUCCCUGCAAAUGCCAACCGUGUCAAAAUGGUGGUCAACCAACCAUUGUUGGAACUCAGUGCCUAUGUUUUUGCAAACCAUAUACCUUUGGAUCAGCUUGUGAGUUUGGAAUUCUUGUACAGGACCAACCAGGAGUCGUCAAUGGUGGCUGGAACUGCUGGUCAUCUUGGAGUCCUUGCAGCUCAGGAAGGAAAUCAAGAAGCCGCAGCUGCAAUAACCCAUACCCUAGUGGUGGUGGAAGCUCCUGCAUUGGAGAAACAGUUGAAAACCGGCAGUGUGAAGAUGAUGAGCUGCGGCACUUUCGAACAAUAGAACCACACUGUUUUGAUAUCUCUACACUUGGCAUAGAAUCCUGCCCAUUGCCUCCACGCUUGGAAAAUGGAUAUGUUCAGGAUGCUGAUUCAUCAUAUCCUGUUGGGAAAAGCAUCAGCUAUUCCUGUAAUAAUGGGUAUGCGCUUGUGGGAGAUCCUAUUGCUACAUGUGUUGAAGGCUUGAGAUGGCACAGUGAACCAAUGAGCUGCCAGAAAACAGCCUGUGUCUUGCCUCAGUUGGAAGGAGGACUGAGUGGAAUCCCAGUGAAACCCUCAUAUCAGAUAGGAGAGAAAGUACAACUCUCAUGCUCAGAGGACAUGCAGCUGGAAGGAGCAUCUCUUCUCUUGUGUGAACCUAGUCUGAAAUGGUCUCCCAACAUCAAUGAGAUCCACUGCAGGAGAAGAGUUCCCAGUGUAACUGUUCAACCAGUCGUGACAGAAUGCCAGCCAUGGGAGAAGGUUCAGGAGACAAGAUGUGUGUGUAAGAUGCCAUACGAAUGUGGCUCAUCCCUGGAUGUCUGUGCUACAGACCAAAGAACUCAGAGAACCACCUUGUUAACAGUCUGUAAACUGCAUGCUCUUGAGUGUAUGGGCAGGCGGUAUGCAUUGGUCAGUAAAGAAAACUGCAAAUCUCCUGUUGCAACCGAAAGAUCGUGCAAUUCAUGUCAUUUGUGGGAGACUUGUAAUGAUCCAACCAACCAGUGCACUUGCAGAACAGCGGGACAGUGCAGUGAAGAAGGAAUAAGCAUCUGUGUGGAUGUGGAAGGAAGAGUUGCCCAGCAGACUAUGACUGAAUGCGAGGCUGGCAUCCUCAAGUGCCAGGGACAGAAUGUCCGCAUUGUUAGCAUAAGGCCCUGUAAUGGGCAAACCUCUUCAUAAUCGAGAUGCAUCUACCAUAGGAUUGGUUGCGCAGUAUAUCAGGAUAGUCAUUUUAUCUCAGUUUGAUCAUUCUUGUCUGUGUUCUCCAAAUAAAAUUACUAUCCCUGUAUAAGUAAUAUGGUGACUUAAGGCUUUUAUAUUUCAGGGACUGGAGUGAGGGGUUCUUGUCUCCGCAGGUAUCUGUGGGAGAGAACCAAGCCAUUUAAAAAGGAGGAAG